UGCAUAGGCAUUAUCAUGCAGGCCAACGCAGGCUAUCAUCAAUCCCCUAGGUCAAUUCUCCGCUUUCUCUAUAUAUAUGUGUCUUGUCCGUCUCUCCUCGUCUCCCUUCUCUUUCUCAGCAUUUUCGGAGUCGAGGCGAACGCAAGCAGGGGUAUUUAUUUGCAAGUAUAAUGGCUGAUCAGCACCAGCACCCGACCAUCAUUCAGAAGGUUGCUGGCCAGCUACAUUUCAAUUCUAGUGCUCAAUUUCAGAAGCCGGGUCCCUACCAAAGGCAAUUUUCAAGUGCAGCCUUCCACUAUCCCAGGACUCAAGCAUGCCGAGCCACCAAUGAUCUGUCAUUGGUUGCUGCAAAUGCUUCACCCGUGUUUGUCCAAGCCCCCUCUGAGAAAGGGCUCAUGGGCUUUGCCACUGAUUUUCUUAUGGGUGGAGUUUCAGCAGCUGUGUCUAAGACUGCUGCUGCUCCAAUUGAACGUGUGAAGCUUUUGAUCCAAAACCAGGAUGAGAUGAUUAAAGCUGGUCGGCUCUCUGAACCCUACAAGGGAAUUGGAGACUGUUUCAAGCGAACAAUGAGUGAUGAAGGAGUUGUAUCAUUGUGGAGAGGGAAUACUGCAAAUGUCAUCCGUUACUUCCCCACUCAGGCCUUGAACUUUGCUUUCAAGGAUUACUUUAAGAGGCUCUUUAACUUUAAGAAAGACCGUGAUGGCUACUGGAAAUGGUUUGCUGGUAAUUUGGCUUCUGGUGGUGCUGCUGGUGCUUCUUCUUUAUUCUUUGUGUAUUCCCUUGAUUAUGCUCGAACCCGCCUUGCAAAUGAUUCAAAGGCUGCAAAGAAGGGAGGGGAAAGGCAGUUCAAUGGCUUGAUUGAUGUGUACAGGAAGACACUACGAUCAGAUGGUAUUGCUGGUCUUUACCGUGGGUUCAAUAUUUCUUGUGUUGGCAUCAUUGUUUACCGCGGUUUGUACUUUGGAAUGUAUGACUCUCUGAAGCCAGUGGUCCUCACCGGAAAAAUGCAGGAUAGUUUCUUCGCUAGCUUUGCUCUUGGUUGGCUCAUCACAAAUGGGGCGGGUCUAGCUUCCUAUCCAAUUGACACUGUCCGGAGAAGAAUGAUGAUGACCUCCGGUGAGGCUGUGAAGUACAAGAGUUCGCUUGAUGCAUUCUCACAAAUCCUCAAGAAUGAGGGUGCGAAAUCUUUGUUCAAGGGUGCUGGAGCCAACAUCCUUCGUGCAAUUGCUGGUGCUGGUGUGCUUGCGGGUUAUGACAAGCUUCAGUUGAUCGUGUUCGGAAAGAAGUAUGGUUCUGGCGGAGCCUAAUUGAGAGAUCAACCACAGUACUCAUUCUAAUCUUCAUUUUUUCCCCCAUCGUAGAUGUUGAUGAAAAUUCUUUCCAGAGUUCAUUUUAGCGCAAUUCUACUCUAUUGGAAUAACCAACUUGAAAGGGCGGAGUUUGUCUGCCAAACAGUUUUCUCUCAAAAGAAUUUUGUUUCUUUGAAACUUGAUGAUUAAAUUGGAGAGUGUAUGGUGCGGCACCAUUGAUAUA